UUUCGAAAAGGGGGUUAGAUUGCCAACAAAAACACUGUCGAAAUCAAAAUGAUUAAAUAUCGACAAGGAGGAAGAAAAGAUAAGAAAAUGACUGGAGAUCCGAGUGUAUGGGCUAUUCAAGAUAAAAUAACCGAAAUUAGAGGGAAGCUCACGUUGAAGCAAAGAGACCAAGAAGCUUAUUACGUAUUUUCUCAGCAACAAAUAAAAGAAAAUGAACAAUUGAUCAAAAGUUUGAGAUCGGAGAUUCACGAGAAGCGCGUGCUUAUGAAAAUGAGCGUAAACGCUGACGACCAUGUCAUCAGGGAAGGAUUUAAAAAGCAUCGCGAAAGUCAACUUGCAAUGCAAAGGUACACCGUUGACAAAGCAAAGAAAGAGAAAAAUGAACAUGUGUUCGACAAAGUCGGACAACUGGAUGCAGCGAGGCAUGAGAGAAAGAGAAAAAUUCGAAAAAGGAAGGAUCUCGCACUCAUCUUGGAAGUUAUGAAACGAGAUGCAAACGCAGACGUCAAAGAUGGAAGCGACCAAAGAUUGCGGGUUUUGUCGACAUCAAUAGAUAAAAUGCAAAUGAAAUAUUCAUCCGCUUGCUUUAUACAGAGAACGUAUUUGCAGAUUCUUCGCCAUCUCGAGCGAGAGAACCUCAAAUUACCGGGCCGGCUUCGUGCUUUGGAACAAAGCAUCCUAAAUAAUAGAUCGGAAUUAGAUGGAGAUUUGUUCCAAAUCCAGGUUGAUGCACGAAAAGCUUACAGUAACACGAAAUCUGUCAAGGAAAAGAUGGAAGAAAAAAUAAUGAAGGAGAAACGGCGAAGAGAUAGAGACCUUGCUGAAGUUAGGCGAAAAUUCAAGAAAAUGAAUCAGAAGGAAGAAAAGGAAUAUCGACCACGAAGGCGGAUUACACAUAGGCAAGAAGCAGACGAUCAGGAGGAAACAAGCGCAAGCUUUUGGGAAAAGGUGCGGGAAUUUUGGAUGACAAAACGAGCAAUGGAUGACUUGCAAGAAAAAAUGUCUGUUCCUCGCCCACAAGAUAUUGCGUAUUGUUUUCAGAAGCAAAUCAAUAGACAAAAUGAACUGAAAAACAUUCUUGAAAAUCUGAACUUCAAAAAAAAUGCAUGGAUGCGUGAUUUAGGUCAACAGCAGGAAUUGUUAAAUGCAGUUUCAAAAUCACACCAUGCUAUGAUUGAAGAAUUUGAGAUGCAUAACGCGGAUAAACUCUCGAAUUUGGACUGUUUACAAAACGACACAACUAUCGUUAAAGAAAAAGCACUGAAUUUGGAAGCCAUAUUGACAGAUGUUAUAAACGCAAUAUCAACAAUACAUCAAAAAACUUCAACGUGUGACUGGAUACCGAAGCAUGUUCGUAAACGCAAUGCGAGAAUACCCCCACUCGACGCGGUAGUUUCAUCGGGGGAUUUAAUGAGAGUUCAAACGAACGACGUAGCAGGACUUUUAUCCGCAUGUGGAGAUAAACUCAAAGAACUCCAAAUAAUGGCAGAAACCUUUCGUCAAACCAAAGAAGAUCUCCUUGCUGAAUUUCCCACUGAAGAAGGUCAAGAACUGCUUGUGACCGCUACAAGCAGCGCACCAGGCAAUACGCGGGUCUGCAUAGCUGAUGAAGAUGACUUGUUGAUGACAGAGGAUUUCUUCGGAGAUGAUGAUGAUACGAACGAUAAAUAUCUAUCUCGAGAAGCUAUUAAGAAAAGUAUGCUUCAAUUUACAGAAAAUCAGACGUCACGGAAGAAAAAACGGAGGGCGAAAAAGGAAUAAUAAAAUCUUUUAUUAUUUGGCUCGCUACCAAAAAAUAUAGAAUUUCAU